AUGGGCCAGGUUGGGAGAUUCGCAUGGGUCCUAUGGUCGAGCGUUUUGACCAUUGGCUCUCUGAUAUGCCUUAUCAUUGUUGCUAUUGGUUGCAUACAUCCCAAGCAAGCAAAGAAUCUCUAUAUGUUUCAGAUUGACCUCAAAAACCUUACAAGUUCGCCUAACUCUGCGAUUGAUACAACCCUUGAAGCUAUCACUGGCGGACAUAUGAAUCAAUUUGUGCAGGCCCUGCAGGAGGGGAAUCAAUCAGGAAACUUGCAGGAUUUCUACACCAUCGGGCUUUGGAACUACUGUGCUGGCAAUAACCCGCACGACGGGGUCUACAACACAACCUACUGUUCUAAGCCCCGCGGUGGAUUUUGGUUUGAUCCGAUCGAGCUCUGGGGGUUGAAUGAAACCGACAUAGGGAAGCAUCCCCCUCACCGGUUGCAACAGACGCUGGAUAUCUACCAAAAAGCCUCUCUUUGGAUGCAGAUCCUGUAUCUUCUCGCUAUCUGUACCGGCAUUCUCCAGCUUUUGGUUGGUCUCCUGGCCUGCUGCAGUCGCCUGGGAAGCUGCAUCGCCUGGCUUCUCACCGGAGUCUCCCUCUUGUUUACUCUUGCUGCAUCCAUCACUUCCACGACGCUCUUCGCCACUCUUGCGGGCACAUUCAAAGUGACCUUCAAGGCCUACGGAGUCUACAGUCAUAUGGGUCGACACAUCUACAUCGCCACCUGGCUGGCGGUCACUUUGUCCCUCUUGGCGGGAGUGUCGUGGCUCCUCAAUUGCUGCUGUUUUCCGGGCGACAGAGCGAGGCGUGUCCCAGCCCGAACCGGCGGUCCUGUCGCUGCGGCAAACAGUGCUUACAGCUACAGACCGGUCACCGCGGGCAAGAUUCCAGAGGUCUCCGAUCACGUACCUCUGCUCAUUUGCCCUGCUCCUCCGCAAGUUCACGACAGGCAGGACUAUCGUCCGUAUCAGCAGCAGCGGCAGCAGUACCAAUACCACCCCCACAACAUAUACCCCGAAGCCCACGAAAUGCGUUGA